AUGGAUGUUAAUCAGCAUUUUCCACCAAUUUCUAGAUCGGAGAGGAAAUCAUAUCUAGAUUAUUAUCCAGCUCCACUCGGCCAUUUCAAAACGAGUUACAUCGUUGACAACAUCCAUCCAGUUCUCGAAACAAGGAAUCACAAAAUCUUUACAAAGUAUUUUAACAAGAUGAAUAUUGGUUUAUCUCACGGAAUGACCAUGGUUAACGCACGACUUGUGCUUUUUGCGAAGUGCCGAGUGAAUGAUCCGAACGUUGGGCAGUGGAGAAUCAAAGCGAAUGUGAAGUUCACUCUCAACAAGUUCAAUGAGAGAAUCGAUUCAAUCAUCUAUGACUGUGGAGAUGUGUGGUUUGACAACAAUAUUCGUUCGAUUCAACGAACAACUCUUCUCAGUGCAAAUGAUCUUCUGAAUCAAGAUUUCGGAUUUGUUAGAGGAACUCAAGUGAUAUUUGGGACAGAUAUCAGGAUUCUGGAGGUAGAAGGAUUCCAUCAACCGGUUGUUAUGAAUCACCGUGUGCCACCGGAAAAUCCUGACAAUCGAGUUGUGUUUGCUUAUACAAAUGAGAAUUUGUAUUGCAGCAAAGAAAUAUUGGAUAUCCUCUGUGAAAUGCUUGGUAGAAGGAAAGUAUCUUCAAUCGGAACAUUCAAAUUUCCCCUAGCAUCUCGCGGACCCCAAGAAGAAUUCCUUGAUUGCCUCUACGGGUCCCCAAUACCUAUUUAUGGCCGAGGAGGGCUCAGUGUUUUGCUGCAUAGAGCUGAUCAUUUUUUGGUGAGAGCACUUACUCAAAGAGCUGCCACUGCGGUGAUCCACGACGCGGAGGGAAAUGGAUUGAAGUGGGAAUUUCUGAAGUUAGCAGUUCAACGUAACAUGAGAAGAGUCGUUAACCAUUGGUUGAUCGGAAAGCAAUCAAUCAAGAAAGUCGAAAUUCAAAGAUUGUGUGCUUAUAGAAUGUCAGGAGAGAUAAUGAAGGCGAUUGUAAAGAGAGUUCUGGAGGUCGGAUGGCAAUCAUACAGAGAUUCCGACAACCCCAAACCUAAAAAAUCGAGGUACUUGUAA